AUGGCGCUCUUUGGUCUCGCCCGCUCACGCGUCCCGGCCGCGUCGCGAUGCCUCACCCGCGGAGUGCAUGAUUACGUCCGUGGCGUCGCCGACCACAUUCCAUACAAGGUGCACCUCAAGAGCCCAAAGGUCGUCGGCGUAGUGACCUCGCGCGGCAACCGCGAGUACAUGGAGGAUGCGACGAGCGUGUGUGCAUUGGAGAUCGACGCGGGCGAGCUUGAGCGCUCGCUCCCGCUCUCCGCCGCGGACUGGGCGCCAGAGAACGCAGGCGACCACGAACUCGCCCGCCAGGUCGAGUACUUUGGCAUCUUUGACGGCCACGGAGGCAAGGCCGUGAGCGGGUUCCUGCAGGCGAACCUUGCGCGGAUCAUCGAGACGGUCAAGCCCGAGGACAUCCAGCCUACGAUCGAGUCGACCGUCGAGAUCGGGGGGUACUUCAAGCGAUGGCGGGGCGGCGCGCUGAAGCGCUGGACGGACUGGAGCCACGACAAGGCCGAGAUCGGCAAGGACAACCUGACUGUCGACGAGCGAUUGACCCUCGCAUUCCUUAAGGCCGUGCUUCUCGACCCCAAACAACGGCAAGAAGCCACCCCCACCGAAACAACACUGACCCCAGGCGGACCAGGAGGUCAAGACGACGGUCGACAAGGCGAACCGCCGCACUGGGUCGCUGAGCGGGUAUGGCUCACGGUAGCGCACACGGGGGACACGCGCGUGCUGCUGUGCAACUCGGUGAACGGCGAAGUCACAGCGCUGACAGACCGGCACCACGCCGAGUCGCGAACGGAGGCCGCUCGUCUCCGGCGAUUGGGCACGGCCGACGGCGCGGGCAUGAUCACGGACUCGUUCGGCGAAUCGCGAUGGAUGGGUGCGGUCGAGAACACGCGCGGCUUCGGCGACUUUGAGUGGAAGCCUAUGGGCGUCACGGCCGAACCCGAGAUCACGCACAAGCUCAUCGAAGGCCGCGACAAUGCGUACCUCGUCCUCGUGACUGAUGGGCUGACCAAUAUGCUCUCGGACCAGGAGAUUGUGGACCUCGCACGCCAGGCGAGCGACCCCACACGGGCCGCUAAGAACAUUGUCCACUUUGGCGAGGACCUCGGCGCACAGGAUAACUGUACCUGCAUCGUUGUCCCGUUGGCUGGAUGGGGACACGUCGGAGGCGAGGACACGACAGAGCCCCGACGAGAGUAUCGCCGCCGCCAGGCCCGCAUGUACAACGGCCGCAUGCAGCGGCAAUGA